CUUUUGGGCCAUUGGGGACAACACUCUUAACCCAUUAAAGGGGGCAGAAGGUGGAGAAGGGGCCAGGAACACAACACACAAAGGCCAUUUGAAAACAAUGCUGCUAAUGCGACAAAAGGCCCAAAGUGGUCGGCACGCGCUCAUUCAUAAUUAACCCACAUGUGCACCCGUUUUGGCCCUUAUCCCACUCCCAUUUCUGGCGGUAAAGGGAUCUGCAAACAAGCCACCACGUAAGAGUCCCACUUAUGGGUUUUUAAAUGCGGCUUUUAAGCACCUACGCGUCGAAAGGGUAUUGCAGAUUUUCCAGACUAAUUUGUGACUAAAAUAGCAAAAUAAAGAAGCCAGAUAUCUUGGCUUAAAUGAGAUUAAGAUAAAUAGUAUUUAUAUAUAUUAAAUAAUAUAUUUAUUAAAUACUUUGCAGUAUAACGCGAAAAAUUCCAUUUUACUCCAACCAAACCAAAAUCGCGAAAUAUCCCUUAAUUUCUUAUAUUCAUUCCUAAAUACAAAUGUUUCAAGUGUAUAAGGUAUUUAUUCUGAAAUAAAACAUUUUACUAGUGUAUAAGGUAUUUAUUCUGAAGUAAAAAAUGUUUCAAGUGUAUAAGGUAUUUAUUCUGAAAUAAGAAAUGUUAGAAGUGUAUAAGGUAUACCACAUUCUCCAGACAAAAACCUUUAGCUUUCUGUUCCCAGUUCACCGGCUGGCAAUUAUGUUGUCCACAUUAGCAAACCAACAAUGCUAAAUCCCCCGGUGGACACAUAAAACCACCUUCCAUCCAUAAAAAAACACACAAUGGCAAUACACGGCUUUAGAACAAGAAAACAAAUGGGUUAAGAGGUGGAAUAGAAGAAGAAGGAACUAAAAGAACAAAUUUGUGUCGAUUUUCUAAUCAAAAUGAGCACAUAUAAGCUACUAAAAUUGUUAGUAAAGAAUUAUGAGUAAGAAAUCGCUUAAAAGACAAGAUGAGCAUACAAAAGAUACAGAUUCUGAGGAAGAGGAUGAGGAUGAGAAGGAUUUACAAGCAGCAAUUAAGGAAAUGGUCAAGACUCCUGAUAUUGAUAUAGAACCAAGUAUAAGUGGACGUCUUUCUCAGAGUGAAAACAAACCAGAGUCGACUAGAAAUCAAGCUGAAUGUGGAUCGCAAACGGGUGAUGAAAAAGAUACAACUUCAAGAACCAAGCUAAAAAAGUUAGAUAGCGAUGAUAGCUGGGAAGCACUUCUCAGAAAAAGAUUUGCUUGGACAAAAAACAGCAAAAGUGACACAGCUCCUGUAGAAGAUAAACAAAAUAAACCGAAUACCAGGGAAUCCCUAAAGGAUUUCACGCAGAAUAAAAGAAAUGAAAGCAAACCUACUGCAGGCACCUCUAAGGAAAGUCUAGUACGAGCGGAGUUCUAUGAGAAUUCUAAAAUAAAAGGUGAAGCAAACAUCAAAUCAUACAAAAAUACGUUAAGUGAUGAGGGAUCGGGCGAGGAAUCGCCGGAGUUUCUGGACAAAUUGAGAAGAAUUGAGGAGGCCUCGAAGCCCAAAACUUGGAAGAGACCAACACCAAUAGUCAUAAAGCCAAGUCAGGAUAAUUCCACCAACAAAAAGAGUGAAAAUGCGGUGGAAACGAAGCCCCAAACGGAUACUGAGGCAGUGCAUGGAUAUAUAAAUAUCUUGAAGGCUCCAUUCGAUCGUAAUUUGUAUAAUGCUCCAGAAGAGCCAUCGCGUCAAGAUAAGGAUGCUGUACCCUCAGAUGUACAGCCAGAAACUCCAGCAACUCAAAAUGCCGAUAAUGCCGCAGCAGAAACUUCGCAAAAAGCUGACAAAAAUACGCCUGAAAAUGUAGAAAAUUUGGAGGAAAAAAGAAGUAUCAAAUCGGAUUCGCAAAGGACAGUCACAAUCACAGGACGUUCGCAUAUAACCGCCAAGUGGGAUGACCACUGCCAUGUUAAGGAGCGGGAAACUGGAGUGGAUAAGGCCGCCAUGCGGGUGUUGAUAAUCGCCUGUUUUUUAUGCCUCUUCUUCCUGAUACUCGAAGUCAUUGGAGGCGUAUUAUCCAAUAGCCUGGCCAUUGCCACGGAUGCUGCCCAUUUGCUAACCGAUCUGGCCUCGUUUCUCAUUUCCAUUUCUGCACUACACUUGGCUGGCAGACCCUCCUCGGAGCGCCUGAACUUCGGAUGGCAUCGUGCUGAAGUCAUCGGGGCCAUGGUAUCCGUGUUCUUCAUCUGGGUAGUCACAGGCAUCCUUGUGUACAUGGCAAUAAUGCGAUGGGUUAACGAGGACUUCGAACUGGAGGCCAAGAUAAUGCUGAUCACAUCGGCUCUGGCUAUAUUAUUCAAUGUGAUAAUGGCCGUUCAGCUGCAGCACGGCCACUCGCACUCUCUUCCAGGAAAGUUGAAAAGGUCAAAGGACAAGGGAUCGCUGCAAGAAAGUAAGAUGUUUGCUGGGUUCCAAAACACUCGGAUACUAUUGGGCAAGUCCGUUUCCACUCAGUAUGCAGCCAAAGGACAUGAGAACAUCAAUGUGCGAGCUGCCAUCAUUCACGUGGUUGGGGAUCUCAUCCAGAGUGUUGGCGUUUUUGUGGCCGCUCUGAUCAUAUACUUUAGACCGGAUUGGGCCUUCAUGGAUUCGGUGUGCACAUUUCUCUUUUCGGUGCUGGUCCUUGUGGUUACGUUCAAAAUCUUAAGGGACGUCCUCAUGGUCCUGAUGGAGGCCACCCCGGAUUUCAUGGACUACGAGGAGGUGAGACGGACAUUUCUCUCGAUUUCGGGUGUGGAGCACGUGCAUAACCUGAGGAUAUGGGCCCUAUCCAUCAAUAAGGUUGCUUUAUCCGCUCACCUGGCCAUUUCCAAGGAUGCCGAUCCCCAACAGAUCCUCGAGGAAGCCACCACACUGAUUCACAAGCGGUUCAAGUUCUUCGAGACUACCAUUCAAAUCGAGGAGUAUUCGCCGGGUAUGGAGGACUGCGGACAAUGCUUAAGUCCUUCGGAAAAAAAUGCAAAAAAGAAAGCUUUGGACCCGGAAAAGGGCGAAGGGAAUGGGCGCAGAAAAGGAUCCGAUGCGGAUGUGGAAAAAAAUAAGAAUAAAUCAGAUCCCUAGUAAUCUUACAACUGGUUCAUGUUACUUUAUGUCAGUGUACUCAAUAUAUUUAAAAUUAAACUUAUUUGCGAACACA